GAAUAACUUUAAAAAUGGGAAUAAACAAUCCAAUCCCUAGAAGCUUGAAGAGCGAGUCCAAAAAAGCUGCUAAGGUUCUUGCGUCCUUCAUCAAACCCAACCAGGUGGUGGGACCAGACCAAAUCAUUCCUCCACAAGUGUUGAAAAAUGCCAAGGGGUUGGCGAUCAUCACCGUGUUGAAAGCAGGGUUCCUCUUUUCUGGAAGAGCUGGCUCUGGAGUUAUUGUGGCCCGAUUACCGGACGGGUCCUGGUCGCCUCCUUCCGCCAUCAUCACCGCCGGUGCUGGUGUGGGAGGUCAAAUUGGUGCUGAACUCACGGACUUUGUGUUUAUUUUGAACACCAAAUCCGCCGUGGACUCGUUUGCUCAGUUUGGAUCCGUCACCUUGGGUGCCAACGUGUCGGUAGCGGCGGGACCGUUGGGAAGAAACGCUGAAGGGGCGGGAACUGCAUCGUUGAAAGGAGCGGCCGCCAUUUUUGCAUACUCCAAGACCAAGGGUUUAUUUGCCGGUGUUUCUUUGGAAGGUUCGGCUAUCGUGGAGAGAAGAGAAGCUAACAGAAAGUUUUACGGAGAAGAUUGCAAGGCCAGACACAUUUUGAGUGGCCGUGUAGAAGCCCCUCCUGCCUGUGAUAGCUUGAUGAGGGUAUUGGAAAGUCGGGCUUUCAACAACCGGUUGCCCUCUGAUGAUGACGACUAUGAUGACGACUACUAUGACGAUAUUCCCGACAAUUUCUCAGAUUCUACCACCGCGUCUCCUUCUUCAAGAAGACGUGCUGGAACCGCCUCCAGCCGUAGAAGGUACUCGGACGAGUACCUGGAUGAGUAUUCGGACGAAGAUCGUGACUAUGGAAGGAGUGGAUCUUCUCGUGGAGGUGCAAGAAGGCAACCUUCGAAUAGUUUGAGGACCAAUUCCAAAACCAACUCGAGAUGGGAAGACGACAUUUACGACACGGGGAGAUCCACCAACGGCCGCUCCCGAGGAAACAGCGAGGUAGAUCGGUUGGGCUCUCGUCUUGGAGACUCGAGGAUAUCGAAUAACGGUCCUUCAAGACCUCCAACCUCUUCCAAGCCAAACUUUGGAGGUGCUCCAAAACCAACUGCUUCACAGGCCAUUGCUUUGUAUUCCUUCAAAGGUGAACAACCUGGUGAUUUGGCGUUCAAGAAGGGAGAUGUGUUUGACAUUGUCAAGAAGACCGAUACUACUGACGAUUGGUGGACAGGAAGAAACAAUGGUGUGACAGGAAUAUUUCCUGCCAAUUAUGUAGAGUUGAUCUGAACCGCUUUCCUGUAGAAUUAUUGAACUAACAAAAGUUCCGUAUGUAAUUAAAGAAUACGACCAUUGAUAUGCUGUUUUUCAUUGACCCGUCCUUUUAUUUUCCUAUUGAUGUUAUAUUUCCUAAAUUUCCUCCUGAUAACCUGUUAAAACUCGAAUGCCUGCUGAGCAAACUGCUGCACUACAACCUUCCCCUCUGAAAAGGCUGGGUCGUCCGUGCGGUAAACUGCUGCUCUGUGUGUUUGCUUGGUUUUCCUAAUCAAAACUGGGAACUUGUUCCAGUUAAGCUUGUUCAAAUUAUUAAUGAUAGUAACCUGAUCUUCAUUCAAGCCAAGUUUAAAAUCCUGCUCCUUUCCACUAAGGUUGACAAGACUGCCGGUCUCUCCACUAGUCGAUCCGGUGCUGGCUUGGUAAUUCUUAUAGGAAUCACCGUUCAUUGCCGUAAACACAGAUUCAACAAAAGUGUCAGUUUGGUCCUCCAUUCUCUGCGAGACCCCUUUCUCAAAGCUUUCAAGUGUCCAGUCGUCCGAGUCAGUAUCGCUCUUGGUACCCUCGUACAAAUGAACCAAGCUGUUUGCUCGGUCCUUAAAAAAAGCUCCUACUCUUCUGUGGUUUCUGAAUGCUUGUACACCAGCAAGUCCAAGAGCGUACAAAAUCCAUAAGGGAAAAACAACAACUGCGUAAAUCAACUUGAGCCAAUUGAACUUUCUCCACAACGAUCUCUUGCCUCUUUUGACAAUAGGAGGCUGUACAUUGUCAUUAAGUUCGCUCUUGAAUUCAAGUGGUUUUGAAAUAUCCACCACAUUUGGAGCAUAUCCAUCAACAAACUCAAGAACAUAAGCACUGGCAUUUUCGUUGAUCAUCGACUUGAACGGAUCCCGAGACGAAAUAGCGGCUGUGUACCAGGCAGUUCUCUUGUCGUUAAUGACAUUGGCAUAGAGCACCAAGUUGUUGAAACUGCUCAAUGCCUUG